AACUAUUGGUAAUAUGCUGUUUUGUGACGUUUAGCGCCAAUUCGCAGCGUGUUGUGUACUGUAUAAUGGAUAUGGUGAAAGAUUUUUGAAACAAUCAAUAACGUGACAGUAUGGAAGGCGAUAAGCUGCAGUCUUGUUCGCUGCCAUACUGGGAAGCAAAUGAGGUCAAAUGCAGACAACAGUUGGAUGACCCAAGAAACUGGAACAUGAUUCCAUCCCUGAAUUCAGUUGCACUUCACAAGGUAGUUCACCAGCAGCUUGUCCGUUUCACGGGGAUGAUCCAGGACAUGCAAAAUCCUGAGUUGUUUCUUGAACAGUAUGAGGUACGAAACGACAUUAGCGGGCAGACGGCAGUCAAAAUGGGCAAAUACAGGGAUAUACCAGUCUGCAGGCUGGAUGAGGUGUUUGUGGAGGAUUCAGCAAACAACUUGAAUGGACAACGGCAGUCACUCUGUUGUGUAUCGGUUCCUGCACUUAACUCUUGGGUGAACGAGUCUCUCGUCACAGAGAAGUUUCAGCCUCUGCAGUGUGAGAAGAAACGGGCUCAUCCAGAUGAGUCUUCCGGUAGCAGCGAAACGCUCUUCACGCAAGGAACCAGUGUCAAACGUUUCUGUCCCUAUAAUCAACUUGAUUCAAGGAAUUCAAUUCUUAAUAUGGAACUCAACGUCCCACUGCCAGAGGCUCAAGUUAAAACUUGUUUGGUUAAGGUGUAUGACAGCAAUUCAUCUCUUGUCUUGAAUGAUGUGAUUGAAGUGGUUGGCUUCUUGUCUGUGGACCCAGCGCUGAGUGUUUCAUCUGUCGGUACUGAGGAAACAGAGGAGGACGAGGAGUCACAUCUACACAACCAGCCUUGGUCUCUGGUUCCGAGGUUGCAUGCCGUUUCUUUCCGGAAGCUUUGUCACAGCAACCCUCUCGUGCAUCCUACUUUGUGCAGUACAGAGGAUGUUCGCGAAAUGGCGAAGGUUGUGAAACAGGAUCUUCGUCUGGUGCUGAGCCAAGUUUUGUUGGGGGACCACUUGGCUGCCGAUUACUUCAUCUGUCACCUCAUUUCCACAGUGUUUCAGCAUAGCGAGCUGCUAGCUUUAGGCAAGUUUAGUCUCAACAUUUCCAGUGUUUCGCCUGGCAAUGGUUAUACCACGAAGCUGUACGCAGUACUCGCAGAACUGGUGACGAAGAGCCACUAUCUGCCGCUCACACUUGAAAACCUGAAUAAGAGCACCUUCAUACCAAAGAAGGAUUAUGAUGGUAAUAGAUUGGUAAGCGGUAUACUCCAACUGAGUGCACACACGCACCUCGUCCUCGAUGAAACUUGCAUGGAACCAGGACAGCUGGACUCGAAUGGUGUGCGUAAUGUGGCAGCACUAGGCACACUUAUCUCUCAACAGAAAGUUGACUAUGACUUCCAGUUUUAUAAGUUGGAGUUCCAGACUGAUAUACCAGUUUUGGUGCUCUCUGAAGGGAAAUCCCUGUUGCCUAGUGAUGUGGCAGUCCCCCUGGAGCCAGAUUACAAAUGCAUGGAGACUAUGAAUGAGAUUUUUGAAGCUGUGAACCACUAUCUUCAGGGGUCAGUGCUGCAGAAGUUACGGAAAUAUCUCACUGUCGUACGUUUGCUGAAAUAUUCGUUGCCGCAGAACAUGGAGAAGAUCAUACAAGAUGACUUCGUAAGGCUGAGAAGAGAAAAUGAAACAAAAACUUCAGCCUCUGAUUUGCAUCUACUACUGGUUCUUGCCAGGUUGGUGUCGCUGAGUCAAGGUGAACUGAUUCUGUCGAGGGAAUCGUGGGAAUUGGCGUGCAACAUGGAACGACACCGAAAGCAGCGAAUUAAUGGACAAGCUCAACAUCCGUAACGUAUGUUCUCCGCUCUGUACCACAGUUCAAGAUCGCACUCAUGAAUCCAGAUUUCGUCAUGUGUAAUGACUCCAACAACAAAUGUGGGCCGUAUUGAAUUUGUUGCAGGUCAUGACACACACACUGCAUUGAUUGUUGUAUUGUUCUUAAUUAAGAGACAAGGAACAAAAUGUGGCAGUGAUUCUUUACAUGUUCAGGUCUUCUGAUUAAAUACAUUGAUAGCUUUCAUACAGAAUUUUUUCACACAAACCUUGAAUUGUCGGGCAAAAGCCAGGACUCAGUUUAGGUGAAUGAGGCACGACAAGUUAUAGUUAUAUUUUUAAUAUCAUAAUUUUGUUUUUCUGUUCCACAUAUUUAUUUUAUGACACUUUAGGUCAUAGAAAGUCACAGUUGUUCCAAAUUUGUAAAAUGAAGAUGAGAAUUGGAACAGACCGUGGCAACUGCAACAUGCGUCACUUCUGUACGCAGGCAGAAACAUAAUUUCUGUGGUACUGGACAUGUACAGAAUACAGAAAAGGGAUAGUGAUGCUUUGCGAUGAACUUUGUUGAUGUGGCAGACAGUAACAGUUAAAUACUGACUAAUAAUGUUCAGGCCUAUAGUAUGGUGAACCGCGCUUCAAACCGAAGACUCUCGGCUGUAUGUUGUUUGCCACUGAACCACCUGCAGACCUGACAGGUUCUAGUUUUGGUAGUUUGUUAGAUCUUAGAAGUGAUAAAAGUGUUGGUGCACUGACUGUGGCAUUACUAAAGUACUAGUAAUACUAACACAUUUACUGCUAAGAAUUCCACUGCUGGCUUAAUUCAGUGCUUUAAUGGAUUUCAGUAUUACAUGGUAAAGAUAAAUGGCAGGCUAUUUAAAGGAAUUGCAAAAGGUAACUAACUGCAUGCACCAUCUGAUGACAGAAGAGAAAACUGCAUGCUCAAAAGUUUUUUUUAGAAGACGUCUCAUGACAUGUUACUAUCAAUCCUAGAUCAGAUAUGAGAGUAUGGUCAAAGCAGUAAUAAACAACCAAACUUGGGCACAGAAGUGGGUGUUUUAGUAGUUCUUUGAUAUUAUAUGCGUGUACAGAAUAUAUGAAACAGUGGUUGUUAUAGAUCAUUGCUAAUAAACCAUGGAAACGGUUGCUAAUAUAUCUCUGAGCAGUUCUUUCAUGAUUAUAUUCAGUGAUAAUAUCCUUUUGAGAUGAGCAGCAUCAAUUUACAGCGGACAUCUGGCAGUUCUGCUCUGAAUUGACAUGGCCAAUGACACAAACAAGAUUUUAUCACUUCUAGUUGUCAUGAAAGUUUCAAAUGUUUUAUCAUUUCACGCUUACUGCAGAAAAUUAUGUUCACUCAGUGAUAAGAUGACUGACUGAAGCUGAUAUUUUUAUAUUAUAUGGAAAUUAUAGGAUUUAAAUUGUGUAUUCUGGAUGUGUUAAAUGCAGCACACAGCCAAGAAGUUGAAACAAAUAAUAAAACUAGUCCUUCAAGUAAA